AGAGGGGGCGGGGAGAGAGAGACAGAAAGACAGAUAGAGAGAGAGACAGAGAGAGAGAGAGAGGCAAGAAUAGAACUGGGUUUGGCAAGCGUGGUGAUUUUACACCUACCUUUUAACCGGACCGUGGCUGAUUGUAUUGUAUCCAUUUCACGAUACGUAUCAUGCUUGGCCCAGGUGGUUUCCCUAAGAAACGUGAAUUUCUGUUUUACAUACUACUACAACAUUUUAUCAUAGCUGUGACAGACUCAUUCAACAUUCUGUACGAUCGAAGCUAGUUUCCAAUAAAGUGUAGAUACAUCAGAAAUAUGAGAUUACGGAAAGUUGUGAUAUGUAUGUCGUAAAAUUAUAACGUGUUACGACUUAAUAAAUCUAUCAGUUUUUACGAUUAUGCUCUUGUUUUGAGCAAUCUUAAAACUUUAAGAAUGACUUAAAUGGAUCACGAUCAUUAUUAAAGAGCUUCAAUGCGCGAUGUUGGAUAUUAUAUUAUGUUGGAUAUGUUGGCUGUUUUGGGUGGGACUACCGACACUUACAGCCUAUCCUGUAUCAUCUUCGAUACAAAUAGAUUUGCCAAAUAUCCAUACUUCAUCAAAAUGGGAACGAUAUUGGGUACAAUAUAUGAUUGCUCUUUUAAGUAUAACUGCUACAGCAUUUACUUUAGUUGGAUGUCUUUGUUGUCGCAGACCUAGGCGACCUAAAGGAUUUCAGGACAAAGCAGGAAAGUACAAGCAGGAGUUUAAAGAUGGAAACAACAUUGAACAAGAAUCAGCAUUUGAGCAUAGCAUUGAAGGAUUAGAAUUAGAUGUUCCACGUAUGUUAAUUAUUGCUGAUAGAGUUCAGUUCGAACCUCUGCCUGUAGACCAUAUUAUAUCUGGGUCCAAAAGUUCUUCGAAACCUAAACCAUUGCCACUGUCAACAUCAUUUUUUGAAGAACGUGACUCGGAUUCUAAUACUCUCCCAGAACACUGUCGUGAAUGGUUUGAUGCACAAGAGUUAUCUGUACCCAGAGAAAAAUUAAAAUAUUUGAGAGAGAUAGGUCAUGGUUGGUUUGGAAAAGUUGUAGAGGGUCGUGCAGACUUAGAAGGAUGUAAAAGGAUAUCAAAAAAUGGAGGUGUUGUUGUAAGAAUUCUUACAGAAGAAGCCACUACAAAAGAAAAAGCUUGGUUUCUUGGUGAAGCUACACCAUAUCUAAAAUUACAACAUCAAAAUAUUUUGACUUUGUUGGGUUUUUGUUUAGAAACUGACCCAUACCUAUUGAUAUUUGAAUCUUGUUCAGUAGGUGACCUCAAAUGCUUUUUAUUAUCAAACUAUGAUAAAAAAUCUCAAGAUGCGCUUAGUAAAGAAAAUAUUCCAGUUCGAAUGGCACUAGAUAUUGCAGCUGGUUUGAAACAUAUGCAUAGUUAUGGAUUUGUGCAUACAGAUUUAUCUGCAAGAAAUUGCUUAGUAGCAUCAGAUUUAUCAGCAAAAUUAGGAGAUUAUGGUACUGGCGUAGAAAAAUAUCCUGAAGAUUAUUAUGUAGUAGGAGAUCGUGCAUUACCGAUCAGAUGGUCAGCACCGGAAAGCAUAGAAUGUACUGAUACUACAAUUGAGACAAGAGAAAUUACACCUCAAGCAAAUAUGUGGAGUUAUGCUAUUUUUCUUUGGGAAAUUGCUACUUGGGGAAGUAAACCAUAUAAUGAUAAGAGUGAUGAACAAGUUAUUCAAAUGCUAUUAUCUUUAAGAGCUGAUUCGUUGCCAAAUGGUAUACAAGUGUUACAAACCUAUUUAGAAGGUUGUCUGCCAAAUAUACUUCAGGCAAUUCAUUUAUGUCUGAAUUUAAAUCCUCAGAAAAGGUCAACUUUGGAAGAAGUGAAGCAAGCGCUUUUAAAUGAAUAUACAGAUUACUUAGAUUUUGAACAAAGAUGGGAAAGUUUACGUGUAAAUAGAACUAAACAUGUCCGCAGUGCUAGUUUACAAGAUCUUAGAGGUAGUAUUGAUUCGGAUUAUUGGACUACAAUUGUUGAUGAUACACCACGGCAAUCUUCAUUUCGCCUUGGACCAGGUGAACUGGUAAAGAAUGUACCAAAUGUUAGAAAUGUUGUUGUUCAUCACGAAUCUAGUUCUGAAACUGAAGAAGAAAGUUGGAAAGAACAAAUUGAACAAGAAGUUUAUACUGAAAAAGUGAAACAAAAGUCUAAAUCUGUUACUGAUUUAAUGGUGCUUGUGCAUAUCGACCUUGAUUCUGAUGCAGAAUUAUCAAUGGGGGCUCAAACAUCAGAUAAACAUGUAAAGAAAAAAUUACCAGCUACUGGUAGUGAUAGUGACAUUAGACAUAGUAUUCAUAUGGAUGAGUUUGAUGAAGCAUUAAGAAAAUUACGAGAUCCUUUGCCAAAUAAUGCUUCUCAUAAGAUUAAAAUGUUAGAUAGUUCAGAAAGACCCAAAUUAUUGACAUUAACAAUGGAUCAAGGCCAAACGCCAAUUUUAAGGUUAUCCUUAGAUGAUAAUAAAUCUGUUGUAGAAACAGAUGUUAAACCUAUUAUAGAUGCAAAUAUAGAAACUCGUAGUGACAAACAUGUGUUGAGACUUGUGUCUAAAGGAGAUCCCAAUUUCCCCCUUCUUCGUUUUGUACCUGAUCAUACAUCUUAUGAAACAUUACAAGAAAAUAUUGCAUGCCAAUAUAAUAAUGUAACUAAACACGAAGGCAAUGAUAAUACUUUCUUUUCUAAUAAUUUUUCAAUUAAUUUUGAUGAAGUUGAAAGUCAUUUAGUUGAUGUUGAAUUAUGGAAUCAUGCACUAGAUUCUGCUUUAGAAAAGAAAGUCCCGGGUUUUCUUUAUGAAGGUGAAUUUAAUGAUUAUGCAGAAUCUUCUAAACAGCAAAAUAAUAAUACCCCAGAAUUAAUAGUAACUACUGCAGUAAAUACACCACAAUAUCAUACCAAGUAUUCUGAAUAUAAUGCAGGUGAUGAAUUUUUUAAUGGAGAAGACAUGGACAUGGAAAAAAGAUGUAUACCUAAUGACGAAGAAGAGGAGAGAAAGCAAUUAUCUACUCCAGAUGAUGAGCAAAGUUCUGAUUCUGGGUUCAGAGAUAAGGAAUCUUGUGAGGAGGAAGAGAAUGUUUGUCCAUCUUCAGUUCCUUCAUCUUCUGUUAAUGAUUCUGCUAUAAUUGCAAUACCUACCGAAGAGCAGCAGUUACAGAUUUUAUUUGAAUUAGACACAAUUCUCGAUGCUGAGUAUUAUGCAACAUUGCAAAGUUCUGAGAAAGUAACAGAAGAUUUAUCCUAUGUUAAACAUACAGAAAGUAAACAGGUACAUGUAAAUGAUGAGGAAUCUGAUUCUUUACAGACUGUAGAAACUAUAGUUGAAAUAGGAACUGAUAAAAGCUGUACCAUGGAUGUCAAUUUAACAAAUAUUAAUACUGUGAAAUCAGUAUCAGAGGAUGAAAAACGACUAAAGCCAAAAACUGUAUUUAAACUUGGAGAACAGGUAGAUUUAAAAAACUCGAGUAAUGUUAAUAUUAUUUUUCCACAAAAUAAUCCAAGUAAUGUUAAUAUUAUUUCUCCACAAAACAAUCCAAGUAACGUUAAUGUUAUGUUUCCACAAAACAAUUCAAGUAACAUUAAUGUUACUUCCCCACAUAAAAAUGUAAUGCAGCAUAAUAUACCUAUGAAUAUGAAAUGUACAAGUACAUAUCAAUUAUCAGAAAAAUAUCUAUUAAGUGGAAAUGAAAAUGAGAACAAAACUGAAACCAAUAACGAAGCAGAAAAAGAAAACAAAAUUGAAAACGAUAGUGAAAAAGGGAAGGAAAACAAAACUGAAAAUGAAAUCGAAAGUGAAAAUAAAAACGAAACCGAAAAUAGGUAUCAAAAUCAAAAUACAAAUACAAAUGAAACAGAAGACGAAGAUAGCUCUACAAUGAGUUUACGUAGCGAUAAUUCUUAUGUAUCAUUUGGUAUGGAAGAAGAGUUUGUAACAGCAAUUCGAAAUGAACUAAGAGAGAAAUUGCCUUGUGCUCAAAUGACUGUUGUAGAACCUUUGGAAACACAUGAUGAUGAUGAUGAAGAUAAUCCUUCUGUAUCUAGCGAUAUAGAAAAUAGACAGUGGGAUGAUGAUGAUGAUAAUGAAGAAUCGUCAAAUCAGGGCAGUGGAGGUGUGGGUAUUUCAAUAAGGUAUAAUAUAUAUGGAACCCCACUUAGUCCAAUCCAAGAAGAACGAGAAAGUACUCUUACUUCAGAGUCUUUAAUGUCAAAUUCUAGAGAUGCAUCGAUUGCUUCAAAAGAAUCAGCUGCGUCGGAUGAUGUAUUAUUAGUUGAUACUCUAACAAACAAAAUGGUUUUAUUAGAAGGUUUAGGAGAGAAAUUACAUGAUGAUGAACGAGAUACAACUAAUGGAGAUCUUUCUGAAGAAGAAAACCUGGAUUAUAAUUGUUCAGUAAUUCGUUCUCGUGAAGAAAAGUCACAUAUUAUGAUUGGAAGUGGGGUAGCACCUUUACCAAGCCCUGAAGAAGAAUCUAAAUGGCAACAGUUACCUUCACCUUUUCCGUUACCCUUACCUUUACCAGCAGAGGAAGGCUUAAUGUCAACAAGUUUUGGAACAGAACAUGGAUGGGGUAGUCAAGAUGAAGAUGAAGAGGAGGAAGAUGAGGAGGAAGAAGAAGAAGAAGAAGAAGAAGAAGAAGAAGAAGAAGAAGAAGAAGAAGAAGAAGAAGAAGAAGAAGAUGAAGAUAACAGUUCCAGUUCCGGAGAAUUUGUUUGGAAGCGAUACAAUGAACCACACGUUGAACAGGUUCAAACUCGGAGCAUAUUAACCAAUAAUGAAGAAACAACAGUUGCUGAUAUUGAAGAUGAAAUGGGUGCAGAAGAAGAAGAGGGGGAUGAAGAAGAAGAAGAUGAAGAAGAAGAAGAAUUUACACCAUCAGCUUGGAAUGCAACAUUAGCACCACACCGUUCUGCAUUAAGAUCUCCAGACAAAACAUUAAAAUCCGGCGACGAAUCGGAUCAAAAGAAGAGUGUUUGGUUCAAGAAGCAACGUUAUCACUGCGUAUACGAAUAUCCGAAGGAAACAUUAGCUACCGAUAUUCAAGGAGAAACGUCUACCACCUGGGAACCUACUUCAUAUGCUGAUUGGGAGGAAAUGAUAGAUGAACCACGAUUAGAUCUAUAUCCUCUAGAUUAUGACGAUGGUAAUCAUACUGGCAACGAAGAAUUUUUUGUGAGCAGUUCAAAUCGUCCAUUUCAAUUUCAAACUAGUGAGAGUAAAUAUGUAAGUCAAUUUUUUCCUGGUGCUUCCACAUCAGCUAAUGAAGAAUCAGAUGAGGUAGAUGGUGGUCAACAAGGAGUACAGCAAAACAGAAUAGAAUUACUGAAUGAAUAUGGCCAUGGUCAACAACAUCAAUUAGGAGAACUCAGACACACUAGAGAUCGUUUGAAAUUAAACUUAUCUACAAAUGGCACACAUUCUUUCUUCGUUAAACAGAUAAAAAAGGAUGAUAUCGAGCAAUUAGAAGACAAAGACAAGCUCUUGGAAUCAGCAGAAAAUAUAAACUUUACACAAAAUCAAUGCAUCCUACCAAACUCUUCGAACCAUGAUCUUUCGCCAACGGUGCCUCUCUGUGAUAUUCAAGAAGAGAGAAGUUUUAAUCCAGCGUCUUCAAAAAGUGUGCACUGUGUUAGCCAUGAGAAAGUUGAACCCACCGAUAAGUGCAGUGUUUUAAUCGACGACUAACGUAUUACAAAGCCAACUGUAAAUUUUUAAAAGAAAUACUUUAGCUGAAGUCCGUCCGAAAUAAUUUCAUUGCAAAAUUACAGUGAUUACUCCAAUUAGUGAGAUCAUUGUAUAUAAACUGAAUCUCGAAUAUUAUACAUAAGUUCUAAGUGUACAUAAAAUGUAACAAAUUUUUAUUUUAUUGCUGAAAUUUAAUCGAUUGUCUAUAGCAUUUCAUAUUAAAAUAUGGAAUUUUCUUUCUUGUAUAAAGAUGUAUUGAUAUGAAUAGAGCUUAAUAUUAACAUAA